AAAGCUUUCACCUUUGAAUGCUUCAUUGCACAGAUUUGUGCUCCCCAAAUUUGAACUUGCUGGUAUUACUCUCAUUCAUUCAACAAACUGGGUUGUUUGAUUUGUACCCAGAACAUGGCUUCAUGGCUUAGAUUUGAAAUCCUGGGUGGCGUUUAUAGUUUAUGGUGAUGCACUGGAUUUGAUUUUUUUGGGAAGUAGGAGACUUUAUAGAUAUGGAUAUCGGAGAGGAUAGCUCCAGGUCCUGUUCAUUACGGGGCAUGACUUUAAGGAAUAUGUCGUCUUCAUCUUCAGCUUUCUUUUCGGCAAAUCAGUCGCCAUUCUUCUCCCCAAGAUCGCCAUCUUGCCAAACACUAUCUGAAUCAACGAGGUCUGAGGCUCGAUGUGACAGCAUUGGUUUGAGUACAGAUCCCCUUAGCUCCAGCUCUGGAAUUCCAGACCUUGAAUCUCUAACAAAUGUCAGAUAUGCAUUGUCAAACAUGUCACCGGCACCAGUUGCUUCUGUUUCAGGCGAUUAUCAGAAGUUUGACCGCGCAUCUUCCUCAACUGGUAUUUCUAAUAGCAUCCUAUCUAGUCACAACCAUGCCCAGGUCCAUGAUUAUUCCGGGUUUGGAGAGAGGCAGAAAAGGCAUGGUAGAAGCUAUGGAUCGUCAUAUACACCAGGUCCGUUUUCAGUGACCUCUAACAGACUGAGGAGCUGUGAUGUUUUCAUAGGUUUGCAUGGCCGUAAACCUUCAUUGCUUAGAUUUGUUAAUUGGCUCCGAGUUGAAUUAGAAGUUCAAGGGAUGAGUUGCUUUGUAUCCGACAGAUCUCGAUGCAGGAACUCUCGCAAACAUGCAAUUGUUGAGAAGGCUAUGGAUGUUUCUUCUUAUGGCAUUGUUGUCCUUACAAAGAAGUCGUUCAGAAAUCCAUACACCAUUGAGGAACUGAGAUAUUUUUCUAGCAAGAAGAACUUGGUCCCCAUAUUCUUUGACUUGAGUCCUGGUGAUUGCCUUGUCAGGGAUAUAGUUGAGAGGAGAGGAGAGCUAUGGGAAAAAAAUGGGGGAGAGUUAUGGGUUUUGUAUGGAGGGCUGGAAAAGGAGUGGAAAGAAGCAGUUCAUAGCCUCUCUCGGGUUGAUGAGUGGAAAUUAGAAGUUCAGGAUGGUAAUUGGAGAGAUUGUAUAUUAAGGGCCGUCACAUUAUUAGCAAUUAGAUUAGGGCGGAGAAGUGUGGUAGAUAGGUUGACCAAGUGGAGAGAGCAGGUGGAGAAAGAUGAGUUCCCUUUCCCUCGAAAUGAGAAUUUUGUCGGUAGGAAGAAGGAGCUGUCAGAGCUGGAAUUCGUUCUUUUUGGUGAUGUCACAGGAGAUGCAGAAAGAGAUUAUUUUGAGCUCAAGGCUAGACCUAGGCGAAAGAACUUGACUAUUGGGUGGGGUAAGAGCAGUUCAUAUGAGGAGAGGCGGAGGGAAAGGAAAUUGGAAAUUAAUAGCAGAAAAGGAAAAGAACCGGUUGUAUGGAAGGAGUCAGAAAAAGAAAUUGAGAUGCAAAGCUCCGAGCUUCCUCAAAGACAGCACCAAUCAAAGCACAAAGGUGGUGGAAGAAAUGCUAGAAGAAAAAGAUCAACAAAGAUUGUGUAUGGGAAGGGGAUUGCUUGUGUAUCUGGUGAAUCCGGAAUUGGCAAGACAGAGCUUCUUCUUGAAUUUGCUUACAGAUAUCACCAGAGGUACAAAAUGGUUUUAUGGAUAGGAGGGGAAAGCAGAUAUAUUAGACAGAACUAUCUGAAUCUCUGGUCAUUUCUUGAAGUGGAUGUAGGGGUUGAAAAUUGCACGGACAAAAACAGGAUUAAAAGCUUUGAAGAGCAGGAGGAGGCAGCCAUAUCUCGAGUUCGCAGAGAGCUCAUGAGAAACAUACCGUUUUUGGUAGUGAUUGAUAACUUGGAAAGUGAAAAGGAUUGGUGGGAUCACAAACUUGUUAUGGAUCUUCUUCCUCGUUUUGGUGGUGAGACACACAUAAUAAUAUCCACACGCCUUCCUUCUUUGAUGAAUUUGGAGCCAUUGAAACUUCCAUACUUGUCUGGAGCCGAGGCAAUGACACUAAUGAAGGGAAGUGAAAGAGAAUACACAAACACAGAAGAAGAUGAUUUACGGAGUAUUGAGGAGAAACUGGGACGCUCAACUUUAGGACUUGCAAUUGUCGGUUCAAUAUUGUCUGAGCUGCCCAUAACUCCUUGUAAAUUAUUGGAGACCACCAGUAGAAUGCCCUUAAAAGAUUGGUCAUGGAGUGGCAGGGAAACUCAAUCACUGAGGCGAAACACUUUCCUUCUUCAACUCUUUGAGGUGUGUUUCUCAAUUUUUGACCAUGCAGAUGGACCAAGAAGCUUAGCUACCAGAAUGGUCCAGGCAAGUAGUUGGUUUGCACCAACCGCAAUUCCAGUUUCGUUAUUGGCUCUAGCUGCUCACAAGAUACCAGAAAAACACCAAGCCACAUGGUUAUGGAGACGGUUGGUGCGUUCUUUUACUUGUGGUUUUACUUCAUCAUACACCAAAAGAUCAGAAGCAGAAGCAACUUCCAUGUUGUUAAGGUUCAACAUUGCCAGAAGCAGUACCAAACCUGACCAGAUCCAUAUCCAUGAACUCGUCAGGCUAUAUGCUCACAGGAGAGGAGUCAUUGGAGUCCCACAAGCCAUGGUUCAAGCUGUCAUCAGCCGCGGAUCAAUAACUCAACACUCGGAACAUAUAUGGGCAGCAUGUUUCUUGAUAUUUGGAUUUAGCCAUGACCUUAAAGUCGUUGAUAUCAAGGUGCCGGAUCUAUUGUUCCUUGUCAAAGAAGUUGUCUUGCCUCUUGCAAUCCGAACAUUCAUCACAUUCUCUCGUUGCAAGGCUGCUCUAGAACUCCUCCGCCUAUGCACUAAUGCCCUGGAAGCAGCAGGAGAAGCAUUGCAAGCCCCGGUUGAGAAAUGGCUGGUGAAAUCACUCUGUUGGCGGCCUAUCCAGACCAGUGCUCAGUUAAAUCCUUACCUUUGGCAUGAGGUUGCACUGUCAAGAGCCACAUUGCUAGAAACCAGGGCAAAGCUAAUGCUAAGAGGGGGACAGUUCGACAUAAGUGACGAUCUAAUUAGGAAAGCCAUUUUCAUCAGAAGUUCGAUUUCUGGUGAAGAUCACCCGGACACCAUUGCUGCUUCAGAAACUCUUACUAAAAUCACCAGGCUUCUUGCAAAUGUUCAAAUUCAUACUUCUUCAUAA